GUCGCUUCGCGGUCCGCGGGAGCACACGAGUGCGUUCGGACGUUCGAUAUUUGAAAAGUUUUUAUUUUUUAAUUGAAAAUGUGACAAUAAGUUUGUGGACGAGUGCUCAGUGCCUUAUACUUAAAAAAAAAGUGGAUUUUCUGUGUAUUCUAUAGCGCAUUUAAUACUUAUAAGUGUUGUGUGUGUUUUUUUGCAUUCUAAGGCUGAAUUCCCAGCUAAAUUGCACUCAACCGAACAAUCGGGUACGUUCGAUAUCUGUGGCAUGAGUACCGGGUUGGAGCGAGACGCAAACAUCACAAGCAGACCGUGGCGCCGCCGUGCGUUAGUCGCGAACAAACUAUAAAACGCACCUGUCGUGUUGACGAAUUCCAAUACUUCACUAAAGUGGAAAUAAAACAGUGCUGCGCUAUUAUCGACAAAUGUAAAUAGUGAUGUUACGAAAUGAAUGGUGUUGUAAACACAAGGUAUAAUUAGAGGUGUACCUAUUGUGUUAAACAAGUGCAUUGUUUAUAUUAAUGUGUGUAAGAAGUGUUAUAUUUUUUGUAUGCAGGGGGAGCACAAAGUCUUCUAUUGGAGUGAUUAAAGUGAUGGUGUGAUACCGCAUGGGUCUGGCUGCGGCGCUGCUGGACGCGGCGGCGCGCGGCGAUGCGUCGCGACUGCCGAGUUUGCUGCGCGCGCAGCGGGCGGACGUCUGUGACGAGAAUGGAUGCACCGCGCUGCAGCGGGCGGCUGCCGACGGUCACGUGGAGGUAGUGCAACUGUUGCUGCAACACGGCGCCGACCCCAACAAACAGGAUCAUGUUCACGGCAACACAGCGACCCACGAAGCCGCAUGGAAGGGCUAUUCCCGCUGCGUGGCGGUCCUCGCCGCUGGUGGCGCAGCGCUUCAGGCCAAGAACGCUGGCGGCUUCACCCCUCUACACCUCGCUUGCCAGAACGGCCAUAACCAGUCGUGUAGGGAGCUACUUCUGGCAGGGGCAUCGCCCGAUGACCAAAACAAUUAUGGCGACACGUCCUUGCACACGGCGGCUCGCUAUGGCCACGCGGGCGUCACACGCAUCCUCAUCUCCGCGCAGUGCCGCGUCUCCGACCAAAACAAGAAUGGAGACACAGCCCUGCACAUAGCGGCCGCUAUGGGCCGACGGAAACUAACCAGAAUACUCCUAGAAGCCGGCUGCGACAAAUCCUUGAAGAACCAUCAAGGAGAAACCGCUAGAGACAUCGCUUCAAGAAAGGACUUGCAAGAAAUCAUCAAUAUACUUAACACCCCAGUCGCGAAACAACCUAAGAAGAAGGAAAAAAGAGAUAAAAGCAAAGAAAGAUCGUUAGACGAACCUGAUGAUGGAAAAAAGAAGAAGGAUAAGGACAAGAAGAAAAAGAACGUCCAUUUCGAAACGCCUAACGUUUCUGUGCCUUGGUCUCCGUAUGGAUGUCAUUAUUACCCUGAUACUAAGUUUUUCCCCAAACCUAAGCUCAGCUCUCUACCCACCGAACCUCUGAAGAAAGGCGAGCAAUACUACUUAGAUUUGGCGGGAAAUAUCAAAAAGGGUCCCAUCGGUUCCGGGUAUACUUGUUAUUGCGCGCCGUUCUUCAAACACAUGGAAGAUAAAUUGAACGAGGAUAAGAAAGAUUUGAAACGACACAUAGAUCGAGCUCAUGAGCGAUUGGAUCAAAAAGUCACAGAUUUGGAAAUGAAAACCCAAGGACAAAUAUCCGAGUUGACACGAUUCGUUGCAGCAGAGCGGGCGAUGUGCAAAGAAAGGCAUAAACAUCUAGAACAUUGGUUGACAAGAGGCAUGAUGUUCAGGGCUUCUGAAAGGGUACGGAAGUUGGAUUACAGUCCGAAGGGUUCUUUGGAUAUUGCGCCACUGAAGAGGACAAGAAGUUUGGAAAUACUUGAUUCCCACGCGGAAGAAUGGAGUAAAGUUCAUAGAAUAAUAGAGAGCUUCAAUCAAAACACAGAACAAUAUGAGACUAACGCCAAAGAUCUGAACGAGAAAAUCAAAGCUACUUCGAAGAGUACAGAGAUUUUGGAUACGAGAAGAUCGCCCGAGAGUCCUAGACGGAGAUAUUUGCUUAAGAAUUCUAGGAGUACUGAUCAUCUAGAUUCAGGUCCAAGUAGAAGUUCAAGAUCGACUCAUACCUCUGUUUCACAUGCUAGUCCUGUCCUAGACAGUAAUUUACAAAGUAUUACAGCAGAAAUUCAUGUAAAAGGUUCCAAUAAGAUAUCAGUUUCCCAAUCACCGGUAUCAAUGGAAGUACAACAAUAUAACGAGCGAUACAGAUCUCCUAGUCGACAAUCUAACGUACAAUCUCCGAGUGGAAGCCAGAGACUGCCAGAAUGUAGGACCAGUGAUGCUGAAGGCGAUAGAAAAACUCCCACAAAUGUACCUGUGUGGAAGAGCCAAGUCCUUCAAAGAACAGCUGAUGAUAUUAGAAAAAGAGUAAUUCUUGAAAAAGAAAUGUCUGAUGUCAUAGCUCGAGGAAAGGCUAUGGACAUAUCACAAGAUGGAUAUGUAAGGCUGAGAAAGCAAAUGAGUGAUCCAAGAGACCAGAAUGUGGAUAGAGGGCCGAGAAAGUCUGUACAGGAACUAGUAGCACAGGUUGAAAUUCAACAAAGAUGUCAGUCACCGGAGCCUUGCGUAAUGCCUCUACCUCGAAAGAUGACGCCCACCGAAAUUCCAGAAGUUAUAAGUCCAGUCCAGCCGUCAUGUGGUAUCCUAAAGAUGCCACAACAGCCACUAAGACCCGCACCGGUGCUAAAGGAAAAGCCACCGAAAACCAAACGCUUUAGUUUACACAAUCUUAUACCUUUCCCCACCAGGAAGACUUUCCAACCCCCGCCCAAAGACAACGGCAACAACUCUGAAAGUAGCGACGAAGAAGACAAUCCAAUCCGAAGUUCCAACCAGCCUGGACCCAUGAGAAAUGCCAACUUAUUGCAGACAUUACCGAUGCCCAACUUCGAGACUAUGUCAAACAAAUCCCCCUCCCCCGCGCCACAUAACCAUCCAAACCAAAAUGUUUCUUAUACUCAUGACAUAAGACCCAUGAUCCCUAAAGACGCCUACUUUCACGAGAUACCAAACAGACAGAUUCCACACCAAAUGCCAUACAGAGACAUGGAAAAUGGUCUACCGUUACCCCAAUAUAAUGCAAACCUUCCUCAGUUUGAUUAUAACGAAACGGGUCUACCACAAAACCAAAUACAGGGUCGGAACAGGAAUCCUUUGUACCACCACCAGACUGGAGUUUUCGACGCGAUGAUGCAGGAUCAUAUCUUGAGAGAAAUGGAGCGUAUUCCUCAUUGCUACAGUGAACAUUUGGAUCAGAACACGGAGAUAGAAAUCGCGAAGCAAGACGAUCACUUUCGCGGCUACUACGAUAACCGCCCACCAAUGUAUCCCCACUACGGAGGAAAACCAGUCCCAAUGAAUCGGAAACCUACUCCCGACCACAAUUUGUUACACAGCAGGCUGCAGUCGUUGGCUAUUAAUACGAAUCUGACGGAGACGCAAAGCCAGGCGGAUCGCGAAUCCCAUAAUGAUUCAGGGUAUAGUACGAAGGUGUACGGGAGCUCUCAAGGGCCGUCGCCAAGUUUGUCAGGACACGCUGAAGGGUCAGAUAAUCUUUCCGGCCAGAGGAUCAAUAUGUCCCACGGAAAAGGCCAUAUUGGGACUUCCAGUUUGGUAUGAAUAUCGAUUGUUUAUUCGUAUCUAUAGUAUGGCUACCUAUCAUACCGGAUUAAAAAACGCCAACUUUGCAAGACUUGUUAUUAAUAUUUAUCUUUAAUUUGCAAUUUUAUAAAUUAUGGAGUAACAUCACGAUCACUCCACAUGAUUACGUCACAUUAUUCUACACGAUUUAACCAACGUUUUUAAAAUUGAUAAUGUUCUAAAGUACUUAUCACCACGACACCAAUACUAAAUCACACAUUAUAUUGUACCAAGUUACAAAUAAACCUCAUAAUUAGCAAUAGAUUUCACUUCGAAUGUUUAAUUAAAUAAAUGACAGCCACUAAGCGCCUAAUAAGUAACUUCAUUUUUAUCAAUCUUUUAUUUCAUAGCGAAAAUUAAUAAAAAUGUAAAUUGGCACAAUUUGCUAAAGUGCGCUUUUUAAGUAUAUUAGAUACCGUAAAUCACCCUAUAUACAGUGAUGACACUGUUGACAUAAACUACAAAGUAUACAACACAGCAAAUAAGUGUUUUCGGUUGGAUAUUAUUACUAAUCAUACUAUUAGUCACUCUUAGGAGCGUAGCAAAAGGCAGGCCGCCCCUGGCGACCUUAUUAUAAGGACGACACCAGUCCCUUUUAGUGUGUUCAUUGCCAGUUUGGUGAAUCUUAACAAGAAUAACAAUGAUGUUUUACAUAAUUUUGAAAUACUUUUCGGUUUUUCUCAUUAACAGCAAAGGUUUUUAUGACUUCAAAGGGGCGGCUACUUAUGAUUCCGUGUUGUUGUAGCCCAGGGCAACAAUUGCCCACGCUACGCUACCGCUCGCAAAAAACAAAUUUUACUUAAAUGAAGUGUAAAGACUAAAAUUUAAGUGCCUUUUUAGACUUUGCAUCACGCAGGAUUUUACAAUAAAAAUAUACACACAGACUGACAACUUUGAAAUUAUAAUAUAGUACAAAUAUUUUAAAUAUAUGCGAUGCCAUGUAUCACAAUAUUUAUUAAUUAAGUAAAUAUAAUAUAUUUUAGUGUUCCCUGUUUCAAAUGUAAAUUUGCUGUGUGCUUUCUGCCAAUUUUUGAAAUCUGUGUUUGCGUGUGAAAUAGAUAUUUAUUGUGUUUAUAUUAUGUAUCAUUUUGUACGUACUUAUGGAUAUUUUUUUACUGAUUGAAUCUAAUAAAAUGCACUUCAGAAGUGUCACAACUAA